AUGGCUCCUCGCGUUGUCCUUGCGCUCUUGGCCACGGCAGCGGGUGCUAUGAAGUGCCCCGGUUCCGGCAGCUGGAUCCAUGCUUGGGCGGAGGUGGAAGCCAUGGCAGAUGCCAGCUGUGCUGAUGUGAUCGAGGAGAUUAAGGCACGUGUGGAAGGCCCGUGGGUUGAUCCCCACAACAAAGGCACCUACAGCCUCCUCUCCGAGAGCACGGGCGAGUUGGACAUUCAACGCAUCACCGGCAACAAGAAGUUCACAGACAAGAUCACCUUCACCUUCUCCGACUUCGAUGGCACAAAGCCUAGCUGCGGCAUCCACGCCUGCUCCGAGUCCCAGGGUUUCUCCAUUGGAGACUUCUCGACCAACUACUGCAACAUCAGGAACCUGUACUGUGGCGGGAAGGAGGAUGGAUGCGUGACCGUCAAGCAUGACUUUGAGACAAGCGAGCAGAAGGUGGAUCACAACUUUGGCGCCGGUGAAGACAAGAAGGCUUGCAUCGUGAAGGAAAAGCCGGCAGCCUUGGUCGUUUGA